AUGGCCGGAGAGGGUGUAAUCACCACUCCUUUGGACUUCACAAAUCCACUCUAUCUUCAUCCUUCCAAUGGUACUCACACCAUUGCAGUUUCCAAACUCACUGGAUCUAGCAAUUAUCAAACUUGGCAAAGAUCGAUGGAAAUUGCUCUGUCCUCAAAAUGCAAGCUUGGAUUUGUGACUAGGACGGUGCAGCAUCCAGCAGAGGACCCAGUGAAGGCGGAACUGUGGGAUAUCUGUAAUGCCACCGUUAUAGGGUGGAUUCAUGCUUCGGUGUCGGAUUCAAUCAAAAGCUCGAUACUCUUCCUAAGUACAUCAAGAAUGAUUUGGUCGCACCUUAAGAAGCAAUUUUCGCUCACGAAUGGGUCAUGCAAAUACAAGAUUAGCAGAGACCUCAUUGGGUUGAGGCAAAAUGGAGCUCCGGUGCAUGAAUACUAUAUACAUAUGCGAGAUCUGUGGCAAGAGCUAGAAUCAAUGAGUGCUCUGCCAGCAAUAACCACAACGGCUACAGACGUUCCUGCAUUUCUUCGUGCAAUGGAAAGACAACAGGAGGAGAGUCGACUCUUCUAG